AUGACCCAAACCGGCUUUCCGUUCUGCGGCCCAAUCCCGAGGCUCCGUUUUCCGCGUCUGCUUCUCUUGGGGAUGACCUGUCACGCCGUGGUUGACAGCCUUUUGCAAUCUGUUCUUGAAGGAAGGCCCAGCCCUUUGCAUCUUUCCAGUAACUGGUCCAACUACGGCCAGGGCUAUUGUGAAACAGAAGCUAAACUAGCCCGGUCUCUCGACUUUUGGACUCUCUCCUCUGAACACCUUAUAGCUGUGUUGCCAGUUGAUCUUGUUAAAGAAAAUUAUGUUCGUAAAGUGGAAAACUCUAUUUUUUCAAUUGCCUUCCCAACUCCCUUCAAAUCAAGAGUACGUCUUGUAGCAGUUUCAAAGGAAGUUCUAGAAGACCUUUUGGAUCUUGAUUUAUCUGUCUCAAAAACAGAUGAUUUUAUCCAGCUUGUAAGUGGAGAAAAGGUAGUGCUUGGAUCCAUUCCACUGGCUCACCGGUAUGGUGGCCACCAGUUUGGGAUAUGGGCAGAUCAGCUUGGGGAUGGAAGAGCCCAUCUUAUUGGAAUUUACAUGAACAGGCAGGGUGAAAAGUGGGAGCUCCAAUUAAAAGGCUCAGGAAAGACUCCAUACUCCCGAAAUGGGGAUGGGAGAGCUGUACUUCGUUCCUCAGUGAGAGAAUUUUUGUGUAGUGAGGCUAUGCACUAUCUUGGAAUCCCAACUAGCAGAGCGGCAAGGACAUUAUUAGACUUCAUCAUACGGGAAUAUUUUCCCUCAGUAGAUGUCAAAGAACCUAAUAGAUACGUGGAUUUUUUUUCUGUUGUGGUAUCCGAGACAGCACAACUUAUUGCCUUGUGGAUGUCUGUUGGUUUUGCUCAUGGUGUUUGUAAUACAGAUAACUUCAGCUUGUUAUCCAUCACAAUUGACUAUGGUCCAUUUGGUUUUAUGGAAGCCUAUAAUCCAGAUUUUUUACCAAACACAUCUGAUGAUGAAAGAAGAUAUAGAAUAGGAAAUCAGGCAAAUAUUGGAAUGUUUAAUUUAAACAAGUUGUUACAAGCUCUAAACCCAUUACUGGAUCCUGGGCAAAAGCAGCUUGCUACUCAGAUUCUUGAAGGGUACCCUGUCCUUUACUACACAAGAUUUAGAAAGUUGUUCAAAGCCAAAUUGGGAUUACUUGGAGAAAGGGAUGGUGAUGAUGAUUUAAUUGCAUUUCUCUUACAUCUCAUGGAAAAGACGGAAGCUGAUUUUACAAUGACAUUUCGGCAGCUCAGUGAGAUUACCCAAAGCCAGUUAUUGGAACUCAACAUUCCUCAGAAAUUUUGGGCACUGAAGACAGUUUCAAAGCACAAACUCUUUCCUGCCUGGGUGUCCCAGUACCUUUUGAGACUGAAGAGUAACAUAAAUGACUCAGAUUCUGAAAGAACAAAAAGAAUGACAACUGUUAAUCCUAGAUAUGUGCUGAAGAACUGGAUGGCAGAAGCUGCAGUGCGGAAAGCAGAAAGGAAUGAUUUUUCAGAGGUCCAUUUUCUCCAGCAAGUUCUUCAGCAUCCUUUCCAGAAGCAUUCUGCAGCCGAAAAAGCAGGCUACUCUUCACCUACUCCUUCAUGGGCUAAAGAUCUCAGGGUUAGUUGCUCAUCUUAAUUCAGGAAAAGUAAAUUUAGGGAUACUUCUAUCAUUGAACUCAAAUAGAAUAAUCUAUUUAACAGAUUCUUAGUGAUCAUUCACAUUUUGAUGAUAAUCCCACAUUUGAU